CUCCUCUCCCUCCACUCCCCUCACCCCCCCCCCCCCCGGGGAACCAAGCACUGAGGUCUUGCUUAUACCCGAAAACUCUCUCUGAUCUCUUCCCAUGUCGCCGCCGACGACUUGUUAACCUUUUGCCGAAGGGAUUGAUAGAGACUCUUGCGCUAGAAUAUUCAAUUUGUGUUCACAAAUAAUAAUCGAUGGCAGCGCUACCAGCACGGGCUCGUGCCGAUUACGAUUACCUCAUUAAGCUUCUUCUUGUUGGCGACCGUGGUGUGGGGAAGAGUUGUCUGCUUUUGCGGUUUUCUGAUGGUUCCUCCACCACCAGUUUUAUCACAACAAUUGGGAUUGAUUUUAAAAUAAGAACCAUCGAACUUGAUGGGAAACGCGUUAAGCUGCAAAUCUGGGACACAGCUGGUCAGGAGAGAUUUCGAACUAUCACCACAGCUUAUAACCGUGGAGCCAUGGGCAUCUUGCUGGUCUAUGAUGUUACUGAUGAAGCAUCUUUUAAUAAUGUUAGGAAUUGGAUUCGCAACAUUGAACAACAUGCAUCUGACAAUGUAAACAAGAUACUUGUGGGCAACAAGGCUGAUAUGGAUGAAAGUAAAAGGGUUGUGCCUACCUUUAAAGGUCAAGCUCUUGCUGAUGAGUAUGGUAUCAAGUUCUUUGAAACUAGUGCAAAGACAAACAUGAACGUGGAAGAGGUUUUCUUUUCAAUAGCAAGAGACAUCAAGCAAAGGCUUGCUGAAACAGACUCUAGAGCUGAGUCUUUCCAGCAUAAAAGCUUUUGGAUGCCACGGGACGCAGGAUGCUUAGCUGAUGACAAUAUGGGAUAUGAGAAUUCUUCUCGAAUUGAACCAAAGCGUGGUCAUCAAUGGUUUGCAGAAACAGGUGAACCAGAAAUUAUCAGCAACAAUAAGAAGCAAGCUAUUGAAGCUGUUGGUGGCAGGCCAAUUUCAGGGGUUCCGCAUUUGGAUGUAUCUCCUUGGGACACCAAUUCUGGGUUUCACUCAGUUACAGGUCAAUAUUCUGACCGUAUCUUUGGAUCUGAGACUUUAAGAACUUUCAAUUUGGUUGAUAAGAACAUGCCAUCAAUUGGAAGUGGAAAUCUGAAUAUGGGAAGGAAGGAUUUUGAGAACAAUUAUGGAAAUGAUCCAUCAGUGGGGCUAUCAAUAUCUCAUACUAUUGAGGACCCUUCAUCUUGUCUCAAUUUUGGUGGCAUCAGAAUAGUUAAAGUUAAUCAAGUUAGAGAUACCAACAAUUGCAUGUCUGCAUCUAUGGGGCACUCCUAUAGUAGGGUGGAUAAUAGUGCAAUUUCGAUGGUUGCUGGUUACAGUAAGAAUGAUGGGAACAUAUCGUUAGGUCAGGCAUACAACAAUGUAAAUGAGAAUAUUGUCUCUGCGGGUAGUGCAAUAACUAAGGCUCAUGAUAAUCUUGGUUCAAUGGGUCACGCAUUCAAUAAAGGAGAUGGAAGUUUUCUGCUGAUGGGCCACACUUAUGACAAGGGAGAUGAAAGCAUCUUAUCAAUGGGUCAGCGAUUUGACAGGGGAGAUGGAAAUUUCAUAUCAAUAGGUCAGUCAUAUGAAAAGGAAGAUGGCAAUUUGAUAUCACUGGGCAACUCAUUUAACAAGGGGCAUGAAAGCUUUAUGUCAAUGGGCCCAACCUACGGUAAAUCAGGAGAAAAUUUCAUUUCAAUAUCUCCUUCCUGUGACAAGGGAACUGGUCAUAUCAUGUCAGUGGGUCCUACAUAUGACAAGGUGGAUUCAAACAUGGUAUCAACAAACCCUUCAUAUGAUAAAGGAGAUUCUAACUCUUUACCAGUGGGUCACAAUUACAAUAAGAAUGAUGGCUGUACGAUAUCUUUUGGAGGCUUUAAUGAUGACCCAGAGCCAAAUCACUCAGGUGGGAUUAUUAGUGGCUAUGAUUUGUUGAUGAGCAACCAGAACUCAACUCAUGGUUUGGAUGGCCAGAAGGAUCUGGUUGAGUCAAACCUUGAACCAGGUGUAAAUAGCAAUUCGAAAUCUAAUUCUAGAAGUGAUAAUGUCCCUAAGAGUAAGGAACCAAGGACAAGGAAGGUUCCUUCUAAUAACUUCCCUUCAAAUGUCAAAAGUCUGUUAUCAACAGGAAUUUUCGAUGGUGUUCCUGUAAAGUAUGUUUCUUGGUCACGGGAGAAACAUCUUAAAGGAGUCAUAAAAGGGACUGGGUACUUGUGCUCCUGUAAUGAAUGCAAGGAGUCCAAGGCUCUUAAUGCGUAUGAGUUUGAGCGUCAUGCGGGUGCCAAGACCAAACACCCGAACAAUCACAUAUACUUUGAGAAUGGGAAAACCAUCUAUGCUGCUGUUCAAGAGCUGAAGAACACUUCUCAGGAGAUGCUUUUUGAUGUAAUUCAGACUGUUACUGGAUCUACCAUCAAUCAAAAGAAUUUUCGAGCCUGGAAAGCAUCGUACCAAGCUGCUACCAGGGAGCUUCAGCGUAUAUAUGGAAAAGAUGAAGUAGUCAUCCCAGCUUGAAUUUGGUUUUCUGCUUCUCAAAAGUUAAAGAGCAAUGGUAGUCAUGUAAUCUGUCCAUAAUGCACUACAUCUACAUGAAAAAUAUCAAGUUUAAGCUGAUCCAUUCUUGUAGGAUUUUACUUUCGAUCCAUGGUAAUGCUGAUCUUUAAGGGUUUUGUUCCAAUAUUGCCUUCCAUUCUGUAGAUCUCUUGUUGCUUUUCCUAGGUGCAUAGUGCAAACCAACCACAUUACUUCAUAUAAUUUUCCUGAAUUAGUUUAUAUUUUUAGAUGAGUUCUGAAACUUUCAA